CCGACUCCCCCCCGCCCCGCGCCGGGUUCCCUCAGCCCAGCCCGGUCCAGCCCGGUCCCCAGGAGGAUGAAGUUCGUGUAUAAAGAGGAGCAUCCGUUCGAAAAGCGCCGCUCUGAGGGCGAGAAGAUCCGAAAGAAAUACCCGGACCGGGGCCCGGUGAUAGUAGAGAAGGCCCCCAAAGCUCGGAUAGGAGAUCUGGACAAAAAGAAAUACUUGGUGCCUUCUGACCUCACAGUUGGUCAGUUCUACUUCUUGAUCCGGAAGCGAAUUCAUCUCCGAACUGAAGAUGCCUUGUUUUUCUUUGUCAACAAUGUCAUUCCACCCACCAGUGCCACAAUGGGUCAGCUAUACCAGGAACAGCACAAAGAAAACUUCUUUCUAUACAUUGCCUGCAGUAAUGAAAGUGUCUACCAUCUGUGAAGCUGCUGCCCCUGCG